AUGAAAUCCAUACCCAGCGCAUUGCUCUGCCUGGGCUUCUUAACCACGUUUGCUGUCGCUGACAACGCGGCUCCUUUUGCUGGUUAUUACUAUCCAAAGCCAGCUAGAAUCCCACAGCUGCCAGAGAAUCUCAUUGAGAACUCAACUCCAGUGCCAUCGCCAUCGCCUUCGCCACCGCCUGGCGUGCAAUCGGAUUACAUUGAUGAUCUGAUCGAGGGACACAAGCAACAAAUCUUGUCAAAUGUGCUGGGAGGUUCCACUUCCUCCUCCUCUUCAGCCUCAUCUCCCUCGCUAGCUAAUGAGCCUGCUCUGAGCAGCGAUGCGAAGGCGUUUCGCGUCAAUCGUUGUGCCAGCUGCACCUGUGGCGUACCCAAUGCCAAUCGCAUUGUGGGCGGCACUCAGGUGCGAUCGAACAAAUAUCCAUGGAUCGCACAAAUGAUACGCGGCUCGUUUCUCUUCUGUGGCGGCACUUUGAUCAACGAUCGCUACGUCCUAACCGCCGCACACUGUGUCCACGAGAUGGACAUGUCCGGUGUCUCGGUGCGUCUGCUGCAGCUCGAUCGCAGCUCCCAGCAUCAGGGCAUCACACGUGCCGUGGCCUUUGCCCAUCCCCAUGCCGGCUACGAUCCCGUCCGACUGGUCAACGACAUUGCUUUACUCCGUCUGGAUGCCCCGGUGCCUCUGGUGCAAUCAAUGCGUCCAGUGUGCCUGCCCAGCGGUCCAUUCCAGUCGUUUGACUUCCAAAAGGCAAUCGUCGCUGGCUGGGGAUUGAGCUUUGAGGGCGGCAGCACUUCGAGUGUGCUGCAGGAGACUGUGGUGCCCAUCAUCACGAAUGCUCAGUGUCGCGCCACGUCCUACAAGUCGAUGAUUGUGGACACCAUGCUCUGUGCUGGCUAUGUGCAAACUGGUGGACAGGAUGCCUGUCAGGGCGAUAGCGGUGGUCCACUCAUUGUGCCGGAUCGCAUCUUCCGCCUCGCUGGCGUUGUCUCCUUUGGCUAUGGUUGCGCCAAGCCCAAUGCACCUGGUGUUUACACCAGAGUCAGCAGAUACUUGGACUGGAUUGCGGCCAAUACGCGAGAUGCCUGCUACUGCAUUCAGUAA